GACUAAACUGAAAGGUGCAUAUAGACACACUAGAGGGCGUUGUUCUGCAUUCUUAGAAAAUUCCUUCCUUUUGCCACUUUUUGUUGUUUGUUCAACACAAGAACAACAAAUUACCAAAAAUAAUGCCUCUAAAGAUAAUGUGAUAAAGCAUUUUUUUAAAUGCAUUUCUGUUGUACGCAUCAGUUGGGUUUGAUUCUGUGUAGCAACCAGAACCCGGCACAGGAGGGGGACCUGCUCUAGCAGCAGCGUGGACACAGGAGUCUCCAAACUUCUCCAGCUCUGCUCUCACUGGAUCCAUAUCUCUUACUAGAGUUCAGCAUUAGGAAAUCCGGAAGGGUCCCAGCAGAGGUGUUCAAAAUGAGAAGCUGCAGACACACUGUUCAGACCGCCUCCACAGAACCUGCUUCUCUUCACCCCCCAGUAAACAUCCCUGACAGUGACCUGAACAAGGCGAUACCAGGAUACACAGGUUUCAUCCCAAGAAGUAAGAAUUAUUUUGGCUGCAGUUUUUCGGAAAAUUGUCGCAAGGCGUUGAUGGAAUUCUACCAGGAAAAGCACAAGAAGGACCUUCAGAAGUCGGCAGAGAUGCCCGUCGUCGUCAACUACCUAAAGCAGCAUGCAGACGGAUUAAAAGUGUCUUUAAAAGCGGUCUCCUACCAAGAAUUCUCCAGUGAGUCGGCAAAGCCCUUCAUUCCCGACGGGAAUCCGUAUCACCUGGAUGACCACAACCCCAACAAGUAUUUCAUGACAGGAUUCACUGGACACGUGCCAAAGGCUCGCUUCCUGAUCGGCAAACCCUACUCGGCCAUCACCAAACAGGCACUAAUCCUGUUUCGAAAAGAACAAACCAAAUGAGCUUCUGGAGAAACUCCGGACAGAACUUCGUCCGUGAUGGAUUCCCUCUCCUCCUGUCACUGAAUUACAAACUCAAAUCCUUUCUUGGCGUACUUUUUGCUCACUUUUUUGGAUAAAAAGACCCAUUAAAAGCAAUAAAGAUAAAGUAGAAA